AUGGGUAACAAAAUUAACUUAUAAAUUGCAAAUGAUCUUUAGACUUAAAUAGUUACUAAGCUAACUGGUCUCACUCUUAAUGAGAACAUUCACAUUCUAAAUAUUCGUCUUGAAGAGGAGAAGAAUGAUUAUCUAAAUACAAUUGUAGUUGAUAAAACUAAAGAUCACAAUAAUGAAAAGUAGACAAUGGUAAUUUUGCACGGUUAUGGAGCAGCAGCUACAGUAUUUUAUCGUGUUUUCAAGGGGUUAGGAGAAAAUUUUCGACUUCUUAUCGUUGAUCUUUAUGGGUUUGGCUAAUCUACAAGAAUAAAGGCAGAAAAAACUAAACUAAAGAAAAAUAUUGAAGCCUCAGAGAAUUAUUUUACAGAGCCAAUAGAAUAAUGGAGAUAGUAAAUGGGCAUCAAUGAGAAAUUCAUUCUUGUCGGCCAUUCUUUUGGAGGAUAUGUUGCUAGUGCUUAUGCUCUCAAGUAUCCUCAAAAUAUACAGAAACUAAUGCUAUUGUCUCCAGCUGGGUUCUCAAAAUUCAGCUAAUAGGGUAACUCUGAUGCUUUAAAUUAAAACUAAAGCGGUAGCUUUAUUAAUAGAAAGUUGGCUUAGAGUGCUGAGUAUUUUUGGAAUAAAGACAUCUCUGCUUUUGAUUUAUUUAGAAAAUUGGGAUUUGCAUUCACUGCUAAAUUUGUUGACUCUUUUUUAAAGUAAAAUUCACCAGAUAUUUCAAAAGAAGAGAAAAAACUGAUGAAACAAUACUUGACAUAGAUCUUUCUAUUUCCAAGCAGUGGUGAAUAUGCUGUUAAUUAACUAAUACACGCUAAUGGAUAAACCAGAGAUUGCUUACUCACAAGAAUUGAAUAAAUUAGACACUAAGUGCCUAUUACAUUUGUAUACGGAGAUACUGAUUGGAUGCAUGGCUAGAAAGAAGUAAGGGACAGAGAUCAUAGGGUGCAAUCUAGAAAGCCCUAAAAUCUCUGA